AUGGUGAUCAACAACGCUAAAUUUCCUUUCGCCUUCUUCUUGUGUUGUACUUUCUGUUUGUGGGUGGCUCUCUCUCUAGUUGCAGCCCAGGAAGACCCUGAGCUCCAGCAGUGCAAGCACCAGUGCCGGGUCCAGCAGCAAGUGAGCGAGCGCCAGAGUGGAGAGUGCGAGCAUAAGUGCGAGGAUUACUACAGAGAGCACCACGGGCCUGUCGUGGAUCCCGAGAAGCAGCUCCACCAAUGCCGCAAGCAGUGUGAGCUGCUGCAACCAGGGAGGCAGAGAGAGCAGUGCCACCAAGAAUGCCAGGAGAAGUAUGACCAGCAACAGCUAGAGGAAGGAGGAGAGGAGGAAGAAGAAAACAACCCUUAUGUGUUCCAGGACCAACAUUUUGCUUUCCUCCGGACCAACCAAGGCGAAGUGAAAAUCCUAGAGAUGUUCGACCGAAGGUCCCGCCUCCUCCGCGGCCUCAAGAACUACCGUUUCAUAUGCCUUGAAGCCAACCCUCAAACCUUCGUGGUUCCAACCCACUAUGAUGCCGAGAUCGUCGGCUUCGUCUGCUCAGGGCAAGGAACCAUCACAAUGGUGUGCCAAGGUAAGAGGAGAAGCUUUCGUAUCAGAACAGGAGAUAUAGUGAGGAUUCCCGCAGGGAUUACCUUCACCUGAUCAACUCACAAAAAUCAGAAACUGAGAAUCGCCUACUUUUUGCUACCUGUUGUCAUUCCUGGCAGAUUCGAGCCAUUUCAUGGCGCAGCUGGUGAGAACCCACAAUCAUUUUACAGGGCAUUCAGCCCUAAGUUACUCUCCUCUGCUUUUAAGGUUGAAGAAGGAACACUGGAGAGGGUGUUUCAGCAACAGACGAAAGGACACUUCAUCAAAGCAUCAGGAGAGCAGAUUCAGGCCUUGAGCGGCGGCCAGCAUGGGGAAGCAGCUGGGAUCUGGCCCUUCACCUCAGGGGAAUCCAAGCGGCCGGUAUUCAAUCUUCUGAACAAGGAACCCUCCGUUUGUAACAAUUAUGGACGACUCCAUGAGGCAGACGCGGAAGACUUCAGGCAGCUGAAAGAUAUGGACAUUGAAAUCUCUUAUGCUAACAUCACCCAAGAAGGAAUGAUGGGUCCGUUCUUUAACUCAAGGUCAACAAUGGUGGCUGCAGUGCUCGAAGGAGAAGGGUACUUGGAGAUGAUAUGUCCUCACCUCUCUGGAGAGAAGCAGCAGCAACAGGGGGCCAGUCCCAUUUACCAGAAAGUAAGCUCAUCUUUGCGCCGUGGUACACUCUUCGUCGUCCCGACAGGCCACCCCAUUGCCAUCGUCGCCGGAACCAGCCGGAAUUUGGAGAUUGUGUGCUUUGGCAUCAACGCUGAAAACAACCGGAGAGAACCUCUUGCAGGGAAAGGCAACGUUGUGAACGGACUGGAAAAAGAGGCGAAGGAGCUGGCCUUUGCCCUCCCAGCAAGAGAGGUGGAUAAGGUAUUCAGGAAGCAGAAAGAGGAGUUGUUCUUCCCAGGGCCACAACUGCAAAAACAGCAACACCAUCAUCAUCAUAAGGGCCAUGCCUAUGCAUGAUCAGAGGAAGAUUGAUGAUGAAGCAGGGCUUUAGCUGAGAGGGUAUUGCGGAGGAAUUUGCUUAAUUCCACCUUACCAUGUCUUUGUGUAUUGAGACAGAGCGUUAACGUUAGCUGCUCUAGUGUGUA